UCUGCUGGUGAUUACUACCCGCACUUUUGCGCUCGUGGUCAUUUAAAUAUACGCAACAUUUCCAUUAAUUACUCACAAUAUUUGUGCAGGGCGGUGAUGAAAUCAAUUACCGGAGUGGAUCAGAGUCGAACUGAACCUGUGCUUAACUUCACGAACGGAUUAGUUUAUAUAAAUGUGUUACAAGUUAUUCAGUCAACAGUCUAGAGUCUUGAAGCUUUAUUCAAGUUUGUGUUUUGAAGCGACAAACACCUCCAAGCCUUGGAAAUAAGAACUGCAAAUGGAUUUUAUUUUAUCACUGCUGUAUGGGUUGCUGUUAUUUGGAAUCGGCAAAAGUUCCAGUUCUGAAGAUUCCUGGAAGAACCUUCAUACGCUGAUGAAUGAAGAUGAGCUUAAACAACUCUUCUCUGUAAGCAGUGUUAAAGAUGGUGUAAAAGAAGGAUUGGUGACCAAAAUACCGAACUACAAAGUGGUUUUUGUUCGAAUGCGCAGAAGCAAAGACCCGACAGAUCUAUUUGAUACUAUUCGCCCAGAGCGCAACCUGAACGACAAUACAGAUUCAGAAAUAGUUUACCAGUUGGAGUUGUAUGGUCAGCAAGUAAACCUGAAACUUCGAAAAAACAUACACUUGAUAUCACCAAACUUGCGGGUGGUGAAAACAACCGAAAACGGAGAGGAGCUUGUGAGCGUUCCCGCAAAAAAUUGUCACUACCAGGGAAGCAAUGACAACAACAACAUCACUGCUGCAUUAAGUAAUUACGACGAAACCAGCGGCAUGACAGGGUUACUAUUUUUGCCCAACCAAGUUUUGAAGAUAACACCAGUGCCACUUCGGCUCAGGCGUAUGUUGGGGAAAAGACUGGCACCCAAAGACGGAUCUCUAGGCCCUGAUGACGAGGUUGUUGCGCAUAUCGUCACUCACGAAGACGAAGCAGAGUCCACGCUUGCCGUUGAUGAACUCCAAUUCGACGACGAGCUUAUCCUGGCAGAGUUUGAAAAUGAAGGGACAGGAGAUGAGAACGAGGUUAACGACGUCACGAAGAGGAAAAGCGAAGAUAAAAAAAUCGAGUUAGCUGUUUUUCUUGACAAAGAAGCUUAUGAUAUUUUUAUGCCUUUCUUGAAAACCGAAGAGCAGCUGAGAGAUACAAUUCUGGGAUUUGUUAACCAAAUGCAAGCAAUUUAUUUUCAUCCUUCACUGGGCGAAACUGUCCAGAUUAUCCUGGUGUAUCUGGAAGUCCAAUCAUCCGCUCCGAAAGGAUUGGAUAAUCUGGACGGAGACCGAAUGAAUGUACUACGUAAAUUCUGCGAAUAUCAAAAAGAUAAAAAUCGUGAAAGUGACGAUGACGAUAAGCACUGGGACAUGGCUAUGUAUCUGACUGGACACAAUCUCUACCUUAAAACUGGGGCUAAAAAGUCUUUUGAGACGAUGGGACUCGCUCCAACUGCAGGUGUGUGUAAGAGUACCUCAGCGUGUUUCAUAAGUGAAUUCGGUGUCACGAGUGAGCUGGGAAAACCAUUCCCUUCUGCUGGAUUUUUGGCCACUUAUGUAGCAGCUCACGAAAUGGCCCACAAUUUAGGAAUGCAUCAUGACGGAUCCGACACAGAAAUUACAAAAAAAUGCGAUUCUAAUGGAUACAUAAUGUCACCAAGUCGUGGAACGUCGAAAGAAAACACAUGGUCUACAUGCAGCAAAGAAGCGAUAAAAUCUUUUAAAGUACCGUGUUUAAACGAAGGAGGAACUAGAAUGGACAAAAGUCUUGAUCAUACUAAGUACGAGCUAACACCUGGGCAGGUGUGGGAUGCCUAUGAGCAAUGUAAACUAAUGUUAAAUGACGAUGACGCCACUCUGUAUAAUACUACCGUUCUAGAGUUGGUGUGCGAGAAAGUCAUCUGUAAGACGUCUGCAAGGGAAGGAUACUACGUCGCAGGACCAGCUUUAGAAGGAACUUUCUGUGGCUCUGAUAGUUGGUGUAUAAAAGGAAAAUGUGAACCGUGGGGCAACAAAAAGUUGGAGGUGAUAAAGGGUGGAUGGACGGAAUGGAAGUUUGGUGAUUGUACUUCCGGCUGUAUUAAAAAUUCUAAAGGAGUAAUUAAAGGUAGAAGAACCUGCACAAAUCCUAGGCCAAAAAAUUCUGUGACGUGCGACGGUCCGACAGAAAAAAUUAGUGUUUGUGACGACAGUGCUAUUUGUUCCAAACGUGAAGAUCCUGUUGAUUAUGCCAAAAAUAUGUGCAAGAAGCUCCAAAAAUACAUCAACGAUCUCUCAGGUGAAGGAGUGCAAGUAAAGCAUUCAUCAUCUACUGAUGCUUGCACUUUAUUCUGUAAGUUAAAGUCUACUGGCUCUUGGUAUAAUCCCUCGUACGAGCUAAACGACGUACAAGACGCUAGCACCAAGUUUCCCGAUGGAACUUGGUGCCACAAAGAAAACGACAUUGAUUACUUCUGCCAGAAAGGGAAGUGCCUGCCUGCAGAAAAAAAUACCCGUUCGUUAUCAGAGAGACAGGCAACCAAAGGUGAACCGAAACUUGGUAACGCUCCGCCCAAUGAAAAUGAAAUUAUAGAUGAGCUCCGAAAAGGCGGCAAUCCAAUAAUUCCCGAUUCUGAUGACAGGGAUGAUGAUGACGAGAUCACUUUACCCAUUGAGGAUAAUUCCGUAUAAAAAUCAUGUUCUGUAAAAUAAUGUGAACUUCUGUUACUAAACGUUUUCUUGAAUAUUUAAUAAACGA